AGAUGGCGGCCGUUUGGUUACCCAUCGUGUUCCUGUUGAGCUGGUCAUCAACAGAGUUGAGCCAUGGCCAGCAAGUGAUUAACAGCAAGCAGGCGCAGCUCUUUCUGGAUUGCUCCUGCCUGCAUGCCAACGAGCGGAAUGCCACACAGUGGGGCAACCUUGCCAUUAAUGCCAGCCACACGGUGGGCGCGAAAAACAACUGCCUGAUGAUCUUCAUUGGCGGCACAAGCGACGAACUGGUCGUCUUCCAUUUGCAGCAGCUGCAACUGCGCCCCGGCUGCUUGGACACCGUCGAGGUCUUUCCGUAUCUUCGGGAGCCCGUCAUCGAGAACUCGACGCUGGCGUCGUACACUUGGUGCCAGCACAGCGAUCGCAAUGCCACGCCUAUUUAUAGCGCCGGGAGGCUGCUGGGACUUCGCUUAAGUUUUCAACAGCCGCCAGCCAAGUUGACCAACUGGCCAUUGAAUCUGACAGCCAGCUAUCGGUUCCUCAAACAAGAAUCCUUCAAAACUGAGGGUCGCCUGGUGCCACACAGCUUCUGCGAUUAUUAUUUCUUUGCCAGCACCUCAGCAGAUGGCCAGCUGGGUCAGGGCUACUUUCACUCGCCCCGCUUCCCCGCCCACUAUCCAGCACACAUCAAAUGCGCCUACAAAUUCAUUGGCAGACCCGACAGCCGCGUCGAGCUGCAGUUCGAGGAGUUGCAGCUGCCGCCGGUGACUCAUGGUGGCUGUCAGUUGGAUGCAGUGACCAUCUUUGAUGCGGAGUCAGCUCACAUGAAUGCCGUCAUCGAUGUGCUGUGCUCACCUUGCCCCACACGUCGCAUCCUUAGCAGCGGGCCUGAUCUGCUGCUGGAGUUCAAUGCCAGCUCAAAUCGCACUGCAAAAGGAUUUCGUGGCAAGUACAAAUUCGUGGCCGACGAGCAGCGUUUGGUGGCACCCAUUUUGGAGGCAGCAAGUGUCGCCUUGAAGCCGCCGCUUUCAGCGCCCGCUAAGGAAAACAGUUUGCAGGAUACGCAGGAUGCGAAGGGACGCUCGAAUCAGCACUGCAAACAUGUUUUUGAUUCGCGCGUCAACAAAUCGGGCAUUUUUGAGACUAAUCAGCUGUUGGGUUCGUUUAUCGGUGCAUCGAUAGGCAAGGGUAUCGAUUCAUCGGUUGUCGUGCAAUGUCGUUACGAAUUUGAGGCGCAACAACCUGAACGCAUUCAAAUUCGAUUUCAUGAUUUCAACAUACCAACUGAAAAUGAGAAUUCCACUCGCUGUGUAGAGCAGGAUGCACUGCAUCUUCUUACGGAAGUGCGGGGUAAAUACGAUACCCAAGAACUCUUCUGCGGCGCCUUCCUACCUAAGCCAUUAAUGUCUAGCGACCAACGACUGCAGCUGCAGUUUGUGGGAAAAUAUCCGCCAAAGAUGACGAAUAAAGUGCAGUACUACGGAUUUCGUGCAGAGUACAAGUUCCUUACAAACUUUGGCAUAACAUCGGGCGUUCAGCAAGGAAACGAAUGCACAUUUGUUUACAACAGCAGUGAUCGGAUUACCGGCUUAUUCCACUCUCCCAACUUCCCUGGUUACUAUCUGGAGAAUGUUGUUUGCAAUUAUUUAUUCUACGGUGCCGACGAACGCAUAGUUCUGCGUUUUACUUUCUUCGACGUCGAAGGAAUUGGCACCUGCGACCACCAAACAGCCAGUGACUAUGUGGAAUUCUCCAAUUUCAUGAGCACGGAUCGCAAAUACAGCCGACAUUGCGGCAAACUGCCUGAUUUUGAAGUGCGCUCUGACAGACGAUUCUUCCGUGUUACAUUCCAUUCCAAUGAUCGAUUUGUGGCCAAUGGAUUUCGCGCUCUAUACACAUUUGAAUCCACGGCUCCUAAAAAUACUGGCGUCAAUUUGGAAUUGGGAGAAAACAGCGUUUCCAUGCAGAGUUAUGUAGCUAAUAGAUCGCAUCAUUUGGUUGUUAUUCAUUAUUUAUUAUUAACAAUUGUAACUGUAGUAUACGCAAUGUAGAAAAAUUAAACAUGCACUUCAAUAAUUAAAUAAA